ACCACGGCUGUUGCUCUGGUUGUUUCGUGCGCGAGACGACUGUUUAUUCCGACCGUUGGGAGGAUUUAAGGACUUAAUUGUCAACCCCUGUCCAAAUACUGGAAAUAUUUCGCUGAGUUACUCACAGGACAAUGAAUGGUAAGUCAACGAACGGUUCGUUGGGCGGAAUGGCCUGUAUCGAGGGUCUUCCCCCACUGCCGAAGAGCCUGAGCGGCUUGCUGAACUCAAGCGGCGGCUCCUGGAGAGAAAUGGAGAGGAUGUACGUGAAGAAAACCAUGAUCCAGGACGACCUGAGCCGAGGUAGAAACAACACCGACAACCUACUGGCCAACAAGCCGGCCAACCUCGACGCUGCCUUGGCUCUUUUACGGAAAGAGAUGGUGGGUUUGCGUCAGCAGGACAUGUCCCUGCUGUGUCAGCUGUGGUCGCUGCAUGAGUCCAUCCAGGAGUACAAGGGCAGCUGCCAGGACCUGAGCGCUGCCUCCAGCCUCAACGGCUACUUCGACGAGGAUGAUGAGUACUACCCGGAGCCUGGUGCCACACCCACCGAGGAACGAACAGACGGAGAGAUCGGAGACAGCACAUCAUCCAUGGCCACAGCCAAGAACGGAAGCAGCAUCAGCAAAGACGACAGCUGGGACUCCUUUCAUGUUACUAUCUGAGGAUGCUGAUUUUGGUGCACAAUUUGGGGUUUAAAGACUGAGUUAAGCUGGAGGAGCUGGCUCUGGAAACUUAUUUGCCUCAAGAAGGAACCGCUUGGUUAGAGAUAGUGGAUAAUCUCUGCACCAUAAAAGACUGUGAAAAUAAAGCUCCAGCUUAACUCCUACUACUCCUCAGGUGAAGCACACUCCUGCUUGUGCUGCAGAAGUUUGUAUUUCUUUUUUUGCAGCGUGACCAGGAGUUCCGUCAGACUGCAGAGUUUUGACAAAGGGCACUCAAACUCAGGAGUUGAGAUGGAUUGUACUCCCAAGGCUCCAUAUACUCAAAUAUUGCAAUAUGUAUUUGAUAUCUUUAUAUAAACAGCUCUGCUGCUUCUCUAUCAAGCAUUUUUUGCUAACCAGCCAUCCCUUUGUGGCAGAACUUUUUUUUUUCUUUUUUUUUUUUUUUUACAUAUACAAAAUCUAUGAACAAAGUUGUAUUAUUUAUUAUAUAAUAUAAAUAACAAACUAUUCACUUUCCUAUUACUCUCUAUGGAUGUUUUGUACCAUUAGUCUACCAGGUACAGCCAUGCAUUAGCAGCCCUAAAGAACUUGGACUUCAAAGGUGAAGAAAUAUAUGAGACGUCUGUCUGAGACUUUGCAAUCAGUGUUAAUGCAAAGAAACUAUGAACUGUGUGGACAUACAAAUGGAUGAAGAUGGUGCUUGUGCUUCUUUAAGCGGGAAAAUUAUUCAUUGACAUGAAUCAAGGUUGCCUCAACUGGAGUUCAAGAAAAAGGUGAAAUCUUAAGACUCAGUUACCAUGUGAAAAUGCUGCAAAGACAGAGUGUCAGCUUAACUUUCUUUGCAUUUUGGAAAACUGAUAUUUGCUCUGAAAAUGUAAAAUGCUGGAAACAAUUCAAAAAUGUUUGCAUAGGUCACACAAAACAUGGAAAUCCAGCUUACCAGGCUGCAGAUAGUGCACUUCCCCAAACCUUCUAAGCUGUUGGAUGCAAAGCAGGACCUUGACUGGGUGUUGUGAAAGACCCAGAUGGUUUCUGUCAAGCAAAUGAUGCAUUAUACAUCAACUUGGCUGUAGUUCUUGUGCUUUUGCCCUUGAUUUCUGUGGGUUAUAACUUGUAUACUAAUCUGUGAUAUCUAGGGCAAUGUGACACAUUGUGCAAGUAACAUGAGGACGUGAGGUUUUGUUUCAAGCUGCAAAAUGAUAAAAAAAAGAAAAAAGAUAGAAACAAACUAAACAUUAAGAAAUGGUUCAUGUUGUACUUAAAUACAGUUAUACUUAAACACAUAUCCAAAUAGCAGAGCUUAUUAUGCAGCAUAGACUGAAAAUUAUCAGGAUAUAUGAUUCAGUGCGUUUACAUGCAAAGUUAAGUCUUACUACAGCUUUUUCUCACUUAAGUGAUUUAACUGGACUACUCUCUUUGUCCCAGGAUAGGUGGCUUGCAGAUGGCAGCAGGUCACAGUGAGGAACUCUAGAUGGGGAACAGGAAGUGAUUUCUGCAUAGAAAAGUGCUAUCAAAAUGCCAAACAUGUAUGCUGUUUACAACUAUGUCAACUGGUCAAAUAAAAAAUACCAUGAGCUACAUUUAAGUCCCUAGAGUAGUGAAGCAUUAAGGCAAAUUUUUAAAGCAGAUGUAGAUUUUAAGCCUCCGUCUAAAGCUUGACGAAUGGGAGUAAGUCACUAACAUAUUGUCCAGUUUGGUUCAGUACGGUUUGGCGAUGUAAAUCCUUACCCAGUUUAUGCCUUAAAAGCUGAUGUUUGUGUUUCAAUAGGAACUCCAGCUCUUUGUAAAGAUUCAGUUCAGUAAUGAAAGCUGGCCAUUUUCUUCCUAUAAGCUUUUCCUUUGGUACCAGUCUGUUUUUUAAUACCUAUAUUAAAAAUGACAAAAAUAGAUAAACAGGAAACUGGCUCUCAAACAGGAGCCAGCUUCUAUUGUUUGUAUGAAAGAGCCAGGUUUUACAACCAUCCCAUUUAUGAAUGACACACUCUUACUGAGUCAUUUAUCCCACAAGGUUUAUGUGCUUAACAUUAUAUUGUCAUUCCUAUUAAAGAGAGUGUUUAUAGCUGAACAAGGGAGAAAAGCUGUUAAAGAGGCACAUCCCGGCUUUUAGCUCAAGACAAAACUCAAGUCUCUUUUCUCCUUUCAUCUGGCUGGAUGUUAACCUCGCAAAGCAGAUGGAUACGCCCGUCGUGACAUAAGCAACAAGCAGCAGCAAGAGGCCGGUGCAAUUAUGGCGGAAGACAUUAGCGUGAAUGCUGCUAGUGCCAGUUUUAUC